AUGUCUUCUCCGCUGCUGGUUGUGGAUGUUUCUGUCUUUUCAUCUGCAAUAUAUGUGUUCGAUAUUACGGAUGUUUAUGAGCCAGCAGAGGAGCGUGGGCUUGUGGUACAUGACUACAGAUACAAUAGGUGGAAGAAAGAAAAAGAUAUCAUAAGUGCCAAGCCACAUUUUCCAAAAGAAGGAGAGGUAGGCUUCUAUGGAGAGAUUGAUGAGCACAGAAAGUGUGAAGACAAAGUAGACACAUCAUUUCGCCAUAAAGGAUUAGAGGAAGACACCGGGCCUGAACAUGCAGGCACAAUGAAUUGA